UUUGAGGAGAGAUAAAAAGGAGAGAGAGAGAGAGAGAUGAGGAGUGGGGAAUCCUAAGCUUGACACGAGCAACAGUAAAAGAUGACGAAAGCAUGUCUCCUAGAAUGCCAGAACUGAAAUAGAAUUAAAAAGCCCAAUCUCACUACUCCUGACACCUCUUCUCUCCAUUUAUUAUUCUCUCUUCGAUCAAUCUAGAAGACAAAACCCCAUUUAAGAGUCAGCCACAUCCACUGCAUAAAAUCUUCAUAUCCACUCAGAGAAUUGCAGAGAGGUUGUAUCUUGUAAGGGGAAAAAAAACAACCAGAAUGAAUAUGAAUGAUCGCGGUGAUCAAAGAAAUAUAGAAGUUGAUCCAGGAGAGUGGCUGAGUUUGAGCCUAGGAAGGAACCUUACCACAACAGUUGGAGACACUCAUCCACAAUCAAAACCGGUUUCCACCAAGCUUUUCUCAUGUAACUUCUGCAUGAGGAAGUUCUUCAGUUCGCAAGCAUUGGGGGGUCACCAGAAUGCCCAUAAGAGGGAGAGAGGCGCAGCUCGAAGAUAUCAGUCCCAGAGGAUGAUGACGGCGCUGGGAUUGCCCAUAUAUACUUCUUCCAUGGUCCGCUCACUCGGUGUCCGACCUCACUCACUUGUGCAUAAAACAGGUAGAGAUGGAACGCCAAUCAUGACUAGAUUCAACGACACUGACACAGGGUUUCGAUUUGCAUUGACGCCGCCACACACACUGGAAGAAGCACCAGCUAGGAUUUGGCCAGGAAGCUUCCGCCUGGAUUCACAGCCAGAAGAACAGCCAUUAGAUCCGUUUAAGCUAGACUUGAAUCUCCGGCUCUAACCUGUACAUCAGUCUGCCCCACCAUGGAAUUCUUCAUCCACCCUCAUCCCCUGCAAAUGGUAACAGCUCUUGUUUAUUCCUCCGUCAACACGGUUAACCAACCUAAAGGUACAAACAAUGUUCUGAAGAGUCGCCAAUGGGCUCGCCUUCCCAAAUGGGAGGUUGAGUGUUCAAGCCCUACUAGGUUGAUUGUGUGCGCGUUUGCUUGAACUUUCAAAAAAAAAUAAAGUUCUGAAAAGUCAAAAUACUGGAUGGAUGCUUGUUGCAAUACCAUAAAUGUCUUGGUGCCUGAAAUAAAUAAGGUGCAGUAUACUUAUCAUCAAGUUUAUGAAGGUUCUUUAUCAUAACUACAGCCUUCGACUAUUGUUUCCAUUAUACUCAUCAAUACUUCACCAGGCAUUACUGUGAUAUAUAUAAUUUAUUUUAUUUUUAUGU